AUGAAUAACCAAUGUGUUCCAGAAUUUCUAAGGGUGAUUAUUGCUUGUACUUACAUGGAGGGACAAGCAUGUCAUUGGUGGGAAUCAGUCUUGGUUAUGCCUGACAAUGAGAUAACUACUUGGAUUGAGUUUGAGAAAAAAUUUCUUGAGAAAUAUUUUCCUAGUGCUAUAAAGGCAAUGAAGGGCAAAGAAUUUAUGAAUCUUAUUCAACAAGACUUGACAGUGGCCGAAUACCAAGCAAAGUUUGAGGAGCUAAUGUGUUUUGCACUUGAGAUGAUUCCUAAUGAGGGCAAGAAAGUACAACGAUUUGAGGAAGGUCUGAAACCAGCAACCAAGGAAAAUGUGGUUAUUUUGAGGCUAACUAAAUAUGUUGAUGUUGUUGAAAGAGCCCUUGUAGCUGAACAAAGUGCUCCUGAAGGCAAGAGAGCUUGGGAGGUGAGGAAUUCUAGUGGAGGACAAAGUAAUAGGCGUUCCAAAUUCAGUCCUCAUAGAUAUAUCAGCAACCACAAGGAUCAUACAAGAUGGCUCAGAAUGCACGACAAUGUUAUUAUUAUAAGCAAACUGGACAUUAUUAGAGGGAUUGUCCAUAACUGCAGCCAUAUCCAACACCUUGAGCACCACCAUUACAAUAUCAUGCUUCGAAACGACAGUUCAAUGCUCCGCUGCCUCAGUAUCGUCCUCCUUAUCAGCCCCAACAAAAUCAGCCAAGAGGUCGAGUUAAUCAACCACCACAAUGUACAAUAA